UAAAAAGAAAAAAAUGGACAACAAACAACAAAAAUUUGAAGAAACACGAAAAAAAUUUCGUAAAAACAUGGAAAAAGAAAAAGCAAAGGUCCGAAAAACCAUUUUCUUAGACGAGGAUGAUAUCCCAAGUACCAGCAAGGGGCUUCGUGGUCAAGAUGGUUUCAAGAGACGACAUGUCAUUUCCCCCACCAAGUAUUCCAGGCACCAAAGACAAAAUCAGUCACCAAAGCGUCCUGCCAAACCAAGAAAGUCGACAUACUGUUAUAGGAUGACGACUCAACAACGAAAAGACCCAGUAAUCGUAAUUGAGGACUCUCCUCCUAAAAACCUUCCGAAAAACGUUUACGAGGAAGAAAAUAUGGAGUUGCCACCACCACCAGACUUUGUUACUCCGGAAAAUAUUGCCGAGGAGGAAGACGAAGUUCCACCGCCACCACCACCUUUUGUGGCAGAAGAUCACCCCAUAACACAGGACAAUUGGGAUGACGAGGAUACGGAACCACCACCAUCGCCAGCUGAGUUGGAUGGUGAUUUCAUUGAUUUAGGCAAUUUUGAAGAUCUUCUUAGUGAAUGCGAUCUUCCAAUAGUGGAGGAAAUAUACCGCCGGUUUUUCGGAGUGAAUGACGACACAAUUUGUUUGCGGCCAGCAACUCCACCAUCUCUACUCCAUCCUAGAUCACUAUUGUCUUUAGAUUGGGAGAAUGAAAAUUAUAACCCACCAAAACCACCGCGACGACAAGGCAUUGGGUCCUGGGAGCUAAAAGACAGCCAAUAUCGCCACUUAGGAUUGAUCUGCUAUGAACGAGCCUUCCGUGUGAGACUUAUGAUUCCAGUAACCGAGCCAACCGGAGAAAUAGGUUACGUUGAUCUAGAUAAGGAAACACAAACAUCCCCUAUUCCCAAACCCCCAGUCCGAGACUGGUUUAUUCCGCUAUCGCCAACACCAUUUCCACCCACACGAAGCCCUAUUGUACCAAAAACCCCAGGCAGAGACUGGUUCAUUCCGUUAUUGCCGACACCAUAUCCACCCUCGCAAAGCCCUAGUUCACAAAAAACCCAAGUCCGCGACUGGUUUACACCAUUGCCACAAACCUCACUAUCGUCUUCUUCAUCAUCACCAACCAGAUCAUUGGCAUCAGCAGUAUCACCAACCAUCAUCACUAUAUCGUCAAUAGAAUUAUCAUCACCAUCAUCAGUCACUUCAUCACCUCCAUCACUGUCACUAGGCGCAAAACAUCAUCCAAUGGAUACAACACCAUCACCGCGAUUGAAUCAGACGUCAGUAGCAACAACAACUCCUCCCAUACCAAAAAGUUCGAAAGAAUUACAUAUUGUUACGUUUUAA